AUGGAGGCUGUGGACGAACACGGGAAAUGGCAGAUGGUAACAAACAAAAAGAAUGGUAGUCCAGAAUUUGGGAGAAGAGGAAAGGUACCCCUGUCGGAAUAUCAGACUCUUUUCGUCCAAUCUUUCCUGGAAGGUUGGUCACCGGAAAACUUCGAAAGGGUCUUUGGCAGUGUUGGGGUGGUAAUGGAGGUAGUGGUGCUGAAAGACAGAAUCUCGAACUUUCCAGGAGGUUUUGCUUUCGCUCGAAUGAGUAUAAUGGAGGAGAUGAAUCAAGCUGUUUACCAACUGAAUGGGGAGAGCUUCGGAGGGAUUAAACUCAGAGUUCAAUGUGCUAAGUAUGGUCCAAAAAGGAAGAACAGUGAACGGAAAGUUUAUCUCCAAUCUGGAGCUCCAAAAUCAAAAGAGAAUGCUACUGUGGGAAACGGACAAAAUGGGGUUUGA